AUGUCAAAUUAAGAAAUAAAUGAAUUAAAUGCCUUGUAAGUGUUGGAUUAUGAUAUAUUUGGCAAAUGCAAUGAUUUGAUGUCUUUUAUCAAAACAACACAACCUAUUUUGAGUAACGAUCCUUAAAUUAAAGUAAAAAUUGGAGCGGUGGCAAAAUUAAUUAAUAUGCUUCUGAAAUUAUUAAAGGACUCCGAUAGCUCACUCUUAUCAAAUCAACCAGAGUAUCACGAUAUCAUAUACAUAAUCAAUAAUAACCUUUAAUGGAAAAUCAAGCAAUAUGAAGAAUAAAUAAAAAAGAUGAGCACAAUAGAAUUUCAUUUUAUUUAGGUAAUUCAGCAUAAUUAUAUUUAGAGUUAUCUAUCUUUGGUUGAAUAAUUCUAGACCCUGAUUAAAGUAGGGAAUAUUAUUCAAGUUGUUAAUCAUCAUUAAGUAUUUAAGCUUAAUCUUCAAUUUCUGAUUAAUCGCUAAUUUCGAAGGUAGCACUCUGGAUUGUUUAUACUUUCCUUUUUGAUUUUCAAAAUUAUUGUUCCUCUUUUUGAAUUUAUUCAUCCUAAGUUGAGAAAUUGUCAUCCAUAUAUUCUUCAGUUUGAGCCCCAUGAUCCUCAUUAUUAGUAUUAGUAUCAUCCAAUAAUUAAUUGUCCAAUUAGGAAGUAUAAUUCAAAGUAUCAAUUUAAUUUUGUGGGAUGGGCAGUUAAUCAGUCAUAUUUUUUGAUUUCUUCGAUGAUUUGA